UCUGAGCCCUCGUGACGUAACAGUGACCGAUCUGCAACCCGGAAGUGGCUUGGUUUUAGCUCGGUGUGCAGUAAUAGUUCUUUUUUUUUUCUUUUUCUUUAUGAAAUACUACUAAUAACUAAACCUAAUACGGGUUGUAAUUUUUUUAACGUUGUUGAUCAUGGAGGAAAGAAAUCCUGGAAUGGAUCUGGAUCUGGAGUGGGUAUCAAAGGUCAGAGUGAACACCCAGGCAGUGCUGAAAAGAGCCCAGCAAGUUCAGGGCCGCAAGGUGGCAAAGAAACAGUGGCAGGCAGCCUGGCUUCUGAAGGCUGUGACGUGCAUUGACCUGACGACACUCUCUGGUGAUGACACGCCAUCAAACGUCCACCGGCUGUGCAUGAAAGCCUUGCAGCCAAUCCGCCACGACCUGCUGAAGAGCAUGGACAUGCAUGAUAAAGGUAUUACAACAGCUGCAGUGUGUGUUUAUCCAUCUCGUGUUGCUGACGCUGUAAGAUCUUUAAAAGCAGCCAACUCUAGCAUACCUGUUGCCUCUGUGGCAACUGGGUUUCCGGCUGGUCAGACUCCACUGAAGACACGUCUGGAAGAGGUGCGUUUGGCUGUAGAAGACGGGGCAACAGAAAUUGACAUCGUCAUUAAUCGGACAUUGGCUCUUACUGGACAGUGGGCUGGUUUAUAUGAUGAGAUCCGGCAGUUCAGAAAAGCAUGCGGUGAUGCCCACAUGAAGACCAUUUUGGCAGUAGGAGAGCUGGGCACUUUCACCAACGUCUACAAAGCCAGUCUUGUGUCAAUGAUGGCAGGAUCUGACUUCAUCAAAACAUCUACUGGCAAAGAGUCUGUUAAUGCCACCUACCCAGUCGCGAUAGUAAUGGUCCGGGCCAUUCGAGACUACUACUUAAAGACGGGUCACAAGGUUGGGUUUAAGCCAGCAGGGGGUAUUCGCACAGCACAGGAAGCCCUGGUGUGGCUGGUACUGAUGAAGGAGGAGUUGGGUGACCAGUGGCUCACUCCUCACAUGUUCCGCCUUGGAGCCAGCAGCUUGCUUGGAGACAUUGAACGGCAGAUUUAUCAUUAUGUAACGGGACGUUAUCCAGCCCAUUACGAGCUGCCUAUGGCCUGAUUUCCUGAGAACCUGUUCAUGUGACCAGCAAGAUUCUGGACCUGUACCAAUCAGCCAAUCACAACACAAAGAACAACCUCGGUUCAAGUUUUCAUGCAAAUAAAGUACAAUAAAGUUGACAAAUGUUAUAUUUUACUGAUAUGAAGAUAUAAUGCUGGGGACAUGACCUCCCUCUGUUUUGGCCUUGAAUUUUUAAAUGUGUGUUACAUUUCAUUCCAGAGUCCUUUCAUGGUCCAUGAGAAAAACUGUAUUUGAAGGUCAUUGUGUGAAGUUUAUCCAAAUAAUUUUAACUAAAGAAGCUUAUAAUUAAUUUAAUAAAGGCCAUCUGACAUUCAGUGCAUUACAAUGUC